CAAAUAUCAAAAUAGUACUUUUAAUAGCUAAAAUUUUUGUUCUAGAUGAAGUAAAAAAACUCCUCGGUAUACAAUGAACUCUAGCAAGACAUUAAGCAUCGAAAGAUGAUGCAAGCGAUUUCAGAAAGAAUUAAAAAGGUUGAUGAAAUUGAUAAAUAAAAUGCAUAAAUGACUAAGAGAAUACAGUAGUCAGAAUCGUCAAUAAACUUCCACAAAAACACCUAGGAUUACAUAAAAUAUUCAAAUUUUUUAAAGUUAUCACAAAAAAACAGGCUGAAUAGCCAUAUUAGAAUGAAAACCGCUAGCUUUUAUGGGUCAAAAGAAGAUUUUAGACCUGAUACAUCAUAUAUUAUGAAAAGAACAAAAACAUAAGAGGAUUUAUUUGAAUAAGAAUAAGAUGAUCUUUUUGAUUCUUGUUAAAACAACCAAAUUAUUCCUAGACUUCUCAGCACACAAUAGAACAUGAACCAUAUAUAGCUUAAUCAAUUUAGACCUAAUUCAACAUCCCUCACUUAAAGACCUAAAAAGUGCUCGAACGAUAGCAUUUUACAAGGACAUAGAAGUAAAUAGGAGAACAGGAUAUUAUUAUAAAACUUAGAAGAAUCUAAGUAAAAAAUUUAUCUCGAUAGGCUUUCGGAUGCAAUAUUUUUAGAUAAAACUAAUGAAAAUACUCCCAAAGAUAAAAAGGGUAACAGCUCUUCUGUUCAAAAAAUUUUUGAAAAAAACAGGGAAAUAUAAUAAACAGAAUUUAAUUUAGAAAUAUUAAAGGCAAUGAAUUAAGUUAUUGUCAGAGGAAGAGUAAAUAUUGAAGGAGGUACUAAAAAGAAGUAUUUUAUUAAAACGCUUGAAAAAAAUUAUUUUUUGAAAAUUCUAAUCAGAUAUAUGAGUGAAGCGUAGUAGUUAUUUUUAUUUGAUGCUAUUCUUGAAAAGGAUCAUGCAGAUGUCUCAGGAGAUUCAAAAAAUUCUAAAAAUGAUAGCCUGGAAAGCAUCGAAGAAUAUAGUCUUUCAAAAGAGAGUAUUAAAAGUGACUUAUUAAAUAAAUUUAUUUCUGAUAUUGAUAUUGAGAAUGAGAAGUUAAUAAUUAAGUCAUUAGGUUUUUAAAAUCAAUAAAGACUCUCAAUCUAAAGACCUCAGAGUCAAGAAUCUAAACUAAAUUUUCACUUCAAAAAAAACAGGAAUGAAAUUUGUUAAGAAGAAGCUCUUUAAAAUUAUCUGAUAGGAAAAUUCAAAAAGCUGACUACAAGUGGGUAGAUUGAUAGCUUUGAUAAUACUAUUAAAAAAGAUAACUCUCCAAACACUAAAAAAGUAAAAAAUGAAGUUUCUGAUGAAGUAAAAGAAAGCAAUGGAGGAGAAGCUUCUAAAGCUAAAUCAUAAACUUCAUCUUCUUCAUUUACUAGUGCUAUCUUAAAGAAAUACUAAUAAAGCGAAAUUAACAGUGAUGAAAUAGCAAAAUAAAAUGAAGAAAUAUAAAAAAGCAUUAACUUUUUUAAAAACUCUAAGAUAAGCUAAUAUUUUAAAUUAACAGAGCCUGACAAAAAAUAUUUUGGUUAAAAAACAAUCAUUGGUAUUUCAAAGUUUUAGCAAAGUGCAGUCAAUUUUAGAAAUUCAGUGUAAUCAGAAAAGCUAGAAACUCAGCCAUCUCCUUAAAGAAGAAAAUAUUAAUCUUAUGAUUUAAAUUCUACACAACCUAUUCAUUCUUAGAAGGAAAAAAGAGAAAAGAGGAGUCCUGUCAAAAUGUUAAAAAGCUCUUCAUUUGCAAGAAUAAAUACUUAAGAAUCCAAAUAAGACGAUUCAACUAAAAACAUAGAAAGUAACACUAUUAUAGACUCAUCUCAGCUAGAUUAGCAAGAUCAAAUAACUAAAGUAAAAAGAUCUUCUUCUGGAAGCUAAAAGGUUAAAUUAUUUAUUAUGCUUCAAAAUAAAUAGAAAAUUAAAGCUAAAUACUUUGACAAGGAAUAUAAUGGAAAUGAAAAAAAUAAAAUUAAUAAUUUGCUUGCUAAAAAAAAUUUAUCAUCACAAGGCUAGUUGCUCUAAAAUUUUUUAAUUUCUAAGCAAAUGCCAAACUAAAUUAGUGGUGAAAAAAAAUCUUAGUAAGCAACUAUCACAUAACUCGAUAAGUAAUAAUAAUAAAAUAACUCUCCAUAAAAAGGAUAGUAGUAAACAUAAAGCAACAGUGAAGCUAUAAAAGGUAUCUUGUAAGACAAACAAAAAGUAAAAUAAGUAUGA